CCCCUUUCAACCUCAAGAUAUCUCCCGUCCCUUUCCCCGAUGCCAACUGUCUUCGCCCCGCAUCCGACCGUUCCUCGGGACCUCCCGAGCUGCAGAGGCCGUAUAGACUGACGCCAUAUUCCCUCUGCUCCAGCAUGGUUAUCAAGCCCGAGUGUCCUCCCGCACCGGAACGCAACUCGGGCCGUCACAAACCAUCAGAAGCCCCGCCCACGCGCCCAAUCGAGAAGCGCCACGACACGCAGUUGAAUGAUGCAUUUACUGGACUACGGGAUAGUAUCCCUUGUAUGAGAGUUGUAAGGGCAAAGGAAGGGGAGGAGAGUGCAACGAAGGAUCCGCAGGAAGGAACGCCUAAAACGAUCGUGGAUGAGGAGGCCGUUAUAUGUAUGGCGAGAGAGUACAUUGCGCUCCUCGAGGAGAGAAACAGAUCUCUCGUAGAAGAGCACACAGUACUGCAGUCGACAAUCGCUACGUUUGAGAAGUUAUUUCCACGUUACUGAUCUUCCAACGCAUGUUUUGCACAUCGACAUGGUCGGU